AUGAUCAAUUAUUAUAUGUCAACAAGGAGAAGAAGCUGCGCAAGGAUAUGUUGUUUAGCACUAAUAUUUUUGAUAACAACUAUUGUUGAUGGGGCGAAUCAGCCGAAAUCUGGGGGGACAUCAACGUUAUCUACAACUACAACUACAAAAGGUGGUGUAACAUCUGCCACAUCAAAAACAUCUUUAAUAUCGAAUGUGAAUGCUAAUAAAACAGAGGUGAGGAUUUUUUUUGAAUAUUUUUUUGAUCUACAAAAUCUUGAAGAUUGUUGAGAGAGUGCUGACUUUUCUUUACUGAAAGGGAACUUUUUUUUUAAAUUUUUCGAAAAAAUUUAAUUUCAAACUGUCCAAUUUUUUCUUUCAAAAAUCCUGAUUUUCACCGUCUGCUCUAAUAUCAUAUAAAAAUAUUGAUAAUAAAGCGGAGGUGCGAAUUUUUUUUCCCGAAAUUCAUUUUUUUUCCCGCAAUCCGUAAAAUCCUCUUGACGGAAAAAUAAUCUGAUUUGCUACUUUUUUCCACACCUUUCUUCUUUCUCUUUGGAAAACAAAUAGUUUUAUAUAUAUUGAUAUUAUUUUAUUCAUCCAAUUCCUACCCCCAAUAAUAAAUGAUAUAGAACUAACUCAAAUAAACAAAUAUAUGAAGAUUUUCCAAUAUUUACACAAGAUUCAUUAAGAAAUGGGUGAAAAUAAAAAAUAAAAAAUAUUUAUAGGAAGUGGAGGGAAGUGCCAGCGGACCACACGGAAGGUUAGCCGAUGUUGAAACGAAUGGCUCAGGUUAUCCAACUGAUGAUGAAGAUGGCGAUGAUUUCCAUGGUUCAGGAACUCCACCGAAAGCCGUGGCCAAGCCGAAAUUUGUGCCGAAGCCAACAACAACACCUGCAUCUUCGGUAAGAUUUGAUUUUUUUUUUUGAAAAACAGAUUUUAAUUCUCGGAAUUAUUUUCAGAACUUGUAUCCAGUCCCAGUGCCAGCUGCGAAGCCAGAUGAAGUUAAAAUCGAUGACGACGAUGACGAUGAUGAAGAUGAAGAUGAAGAUGACGAAGAUGUUGACGACGACGAUGAUUUUGCCGAUGAAAAUAUUAAUGAUGAUGAGGAUAUCUUCACAACUAGCACUACAACUCAAAUUCCACAUAUUGUUCAUUCAUUGUAUGUUUUUUCGGGGAUUCUGGGAUUUGGGAAGGGGGGUAGAUCAAAAAUUCAUCUGAAUAUUUCGAGCUCUUUGGAUUUCUGAGCACAUCAAAAAUAUGUUUCUACCUUUAGUUAAGCCCCUGGGACCAGAAAGUUAAAAAUAUGUUAUUUGUAGUCACUUUUUCUCUUUUCAAAUCUGGAAUCUAAAUCUGAAUCUGAAUCGGAAUCUAGAGGUUUCGAGAUUUUUUUCAAAAUCUGGGAAACCUCCUUUAUAGAUUGAGAAUAAGUUCAUCGAAUCCAAGAUUUUCCUAUUCCGAAACUUUUUGGUCGAACUUUAUUCUUGAUGUCCUUCUCGAUUCCAAUUAAUUCAACACCUAGCCAAUCUAUCUAGCACCCCAUAAAAAACCUCCCAACCAUGCCCAUUUCUAGAUCAUCAUCAUCAACGCCAAGGACAACAACAACAACCACAAGCAGCCCAUCUUUGCCACCAUCAAAGACUCAUCCAACAUCAACAAUCUCGUCGUCUGGCCCAUUCUCACCGUUCCAUGAAACGAUGACUAAUGGAUUCUAUGCAGGUAUGUGCUGUUGUUAUUUAUUCACAUUUUAUUACGAUUGGCCAAGAGGCCCAAAGUGACCGCCAUGAAAAUGUGAUGUGUAAAAUUUUUAUUAUUUUUAUUUCUUAAUGGGUGGUCCAGGUGACAAAUUGAACGCUAAAUGAUUAAUUUUUGCUUUGCUAUUCAAAUUUCCUCAUCUCAUCUCAUAAGAAAAGAAUAAAAAAAACCAGAAAGCGGGAAAGUUUUUUGAGGUUUAUACAUAAUUGUAGGGAUUAAAAUACAAGUGAAUGUGAGCACUUUACAAUGUUUAAUUGUCCUUUGAAGUUUUGCCGCAACAUUUAUUGAUUUUUUUUGGCUUGGCUUCGCUUAGAAACCAGAACCUUUGUGUAGUUCUCCUUUUUUUCUCUAAAACCAAACAAUUUAUCACAUUGUUUGUACUACAAAGAAUAUCUUUUGUGGCCAGUUUGAAAAAAAAUGAACAAAAGGUAUACGCAAUCAAUCAAUUUGCGAUACAACAUAAAUGCUCAUCAAUGACAGAUGCCACACACGCACAAGAUGAUUUUUUUGAUGAUGUUGUUGUGGGGUUUUUCUUGGAAAUUUUCUGAAAAUUUGGAAGAUCUGGAAAUUUUUGACGCUUGGAAAAUGCAAAAAAAAGGUUCAGCUUGGAAGUUUGAUAGGCUGAAACUCAUCUGAGAGAAAAUUCUAAGUCUGCAAUUUUUUGAAACACAAAAACAAAUUCAGAAAACUUUCAAAUUUCGAAAAAAACAAAUUUCGAUUUCAUUGUCAGUGAAAUUUUUUAGCUUCAUAUUUCAGAAGUUUAUUCAUUUUUUUUUGAAACUAUCCUAUUUUUUGAAAACAAUAAAAAAUUAGCUUCAUAAAAUUUUUCCGAAAAAUUUUUUUUGAUUCUGAGCUCAACUUCAAGCAAGCUUUUAGCCUGAAAAAACUCUGUCAUUUUCCAUUGAAAAUUUCCAGUUUCCUAUCCAAAACUUCGGAUAUUUUUGUUGUUGUUCAAGAAUAAUAUUUGAAAAGUGACCAAUGAUAAUCCCCGGAGACCCAAAAAUCGCGCGACAAUGAAGAGAGUUGUCAGAAAAAUGUUCGUUGGGGCGAACAAUAGAGGGUGCAUAUUUGAUUUUACGACACACACACACACAUGUAUUGAAAAGUGGGGGACACCCAAAAACAUUUUGGCAGGAAACACACGCAAACAUUUUUAUUAUUAUUACUAUUUCAAUUCUUUUCAUUUUUACCGAGAGGGAAAUGAGAAUGAAAAUUUUUGAAAAAUUGAGGGCCCAGGAAAAAGGGAACCUGGCACAUAAAUAAUUAUUUUAUUUAUAAUCCAUAAACCCAAUUAGGCUCCAAUUUCCGGGGUUGUCAAAAACAAUUAUAAUUGGGAUUGGAAGGAUUUGGAAACCAAAGAUUUCAAAUGUUUUGGAGUUUAACUUAGCCUAAGUUUAAGCCUAUUUUUAAGUUAAAGUUUUUCAAAAAAUUUUAAAUUUAGGUUAUAUUUUUACUUGUGGAAUUAUUUUGUGACUUUGAAAAUAGGAGAAAUCUGAACCGAGUUACAGGAACUCAAAAAUUUUCAAAUGAAAAAUCACCUAGACUCUGGAGGAAUCAAAAUACAGUCACCUGAAGUUUUAAGACGAGUUAUGGAAACUCGAAAAUCUCACAAUAAAAAACCUUGGAAAAUUUCAAUUAUUAUGUCAAUAUUUUUCCUGAAUUUAAUUUUCAAAAAACCUGGAUUUCCCAUCCUAAAAAAAUCAAUAACUUUUUCAAUCAAUAUUUUUUUUCAGCAAUCGCUGGAGGUGUUCUCGUCGCUGUCAUCACUGCAAUUCUACUGGUAUUAUUUGUUGUGUUCCGAAUAAGGAAAAAAGAUGAAGGAUCAUAUGCGCUAGACGAGCCAAAACAGACGAGGCCCUACGCAACAUAUGCCUACACAAAAGCAUCUACCAAAGAAUUUUACGCGUAA